AUGAAUCACUCGCCGAGAACACCAUUCGAAGACUUCUACAUCCUAGUCGCACACUUGUGGGAUUCGGACUUCGCGAGACAAUUGCAAUCCUCGUCUCAUUACCACCCUCUAUGGGGCCCUCUUUUCUCCUUACACGAGAGAACAACUCGUGUGAAGAGUGGAUACGACAGAAGAAGACCAGACACAGCAUGGAACAAGCCAUUUGUUCACGGGGGCUUGUCUAGUAGUCUUAACAAAUUCUCCGAGCUCGAAGCAGACAACUGCGAGCUCGAAGCAGACAACUACAAGCUCAAGGGAAAGCUUGACAAAUGCAAAGACGAUCUGAACAAAGCUAACUACGAUCUGAACAAAGCUAACGACGAUCUGAACAAAGCUAACAACGAUCUGAACAGAGCUAACUACGAUCUGAACAAAGCUAACGACGAUCUGAACAAAGCUAACUACGAUCUGAGCAAAGCUAACGACGAUCUGAACAAAGCUAACGACGAUCUGAACAAAGCUAACGACGAUCUGAACAAAGCUAACGAGAUGAUCGACCAACACCGAGCUUCUCUCGCUGCUGCGCACGAAACGUUUCAGGAGCUGGGAACGCAGAUCGACGGUGACAGAGCGACAAUCGAGCGGCUGCGCGUCCGAGCUGCUGAUGAGUACAUCAGGACGAAACAGUAUAGCCUCGCGGUUGAGCAGUACGAGCAGCUGGUGGUUCUCAAGGGCAAGGAGAAGAAAGAGAAGGCCAAGCUAGAAGACCGUGAGGGUGAGCGGGAAGCCCGGGAAGCCGAGGAAGCCCAACUGGGGUAUAUAUUCGAUUGUGGGAAGGCGUAUGCACUUGAUGGUCGAUACGAUGAUGCGGUGAAGGAACUUCGCUUCGUUCUCAAGGAGAUGGAGCGUCGCGGGAUCAGAAACGUCGAGAGGGCGGAUACUCGUGACGUUCAGACACAGCUGUGCGAUGUCCUCCGUCGUCAGGGGAACACCGAGGAAGCAGGACGUCUGUACUACCACGCUGGUUGGUUGGACGGGCUGCAAAACAGGAACGAGGCGGAUCGCUCCUGGGCGCUGCAAAAUGCGACAAGUUAUGCGCAGCUCUUGGUUGAGCAGAAGGAGUACGAGGCAGCAAAGGCUCAACUAACGAAGAUCUGGCGCAACAGACACCAAGCGACUGCAUCGAAGGUAGAAGAUCUUGAAGCAGAGGUGUGCAAGAUUACGACGAUGUUGGAGGAGAAACGUCAAACUCGGUUAGUUAUCGACCUGUUGAAAAUGGUAUGUGACAACCAGAAUGGAGCUGCCUUGUCGAAGCAAGUGCUCCACAAUCAUGCAAAGCUUGGAAUCUUGCUCCAUGAUCGCGGUAAACCUGACCAUGACGAGCCUAAGGACCUUGAUCGCCAUGACCACGCAAGAGCUAUACCAUACCUGCGCCAGGCAUGGGUCCGACGACAGCAGCUGGUUCUAGGUAUAGACCAGAGCACCGGAUGGACACUGGCGUUGUUGCUGGUGAGUCGGAGCCAUCUCCUCGAGGCCAAAAAUGUGCUGGCAGAUCUUCUCUGUCUCACUAACGGCAACAAGACAAGUCAGUCAGUGUCGAAGGACCAGAUCUUGGCACUACUGGCUCAUGUCCAGUUCUACAUGGGUGACUUUUCGGUGGCAGAAUCAAAUGCUGCUGCCUUGUUCAGGCGUUUGGGAGUCAAGAAUGUCUUCACGUCAGUGUCGUCGUCGGCGGUCGACUUCUCAACCUGCCAUCAUGCAGAUACGCUGAUUAGGGCAUGCAGCAGGCAGGACAGCGUGGAGAAAUUCAAAGCAGCCAAAGAUGUCUGGGCGGUCAUCUACAAAUCGCGGAUUGACAUUAUGGCUACAAGUAAGGCUCAACUGAAGGAGCAUGCUGCCGCUGGAGCGACCUUCGCUGAUAACUGGAAGAGGAGUGCGGAAAAGAGGAAGAAGAGACCGACGAGUGCGAUGGAGAUUGAGAAGCAGGUGAAGCAGGUGCAGGCUAUGACGGGAUGA